UCAUACACUAACUUCUUGCUUUCCAAUAAAUCAUGAAACUAAGCACAGCCUUAGCACACAAAAACAAUCCCUCCCUCCUUCCCUUUCUCUCUCUCUUUCUAUAGAAGAGAGAACUAAACGAUAAAAAAAAACAAUGGUUCUAGUGUCAAAACAUGGGGGAGGAGGGGAAGAAGAUGCUGCAGUGGAUUUUAGGGGAAAUCCAGUGGACAAGUCAAGAACCGGGGGAUGGCUUGCUGCAGGGCUCAUCUUAGGAACUGAACUUUCUGAAAGGAUAUGUGUGAUGGGCAUAUCAAUGAACUUAGUGACAUAUCUACUUUGGGACCUGCAUCUCUCUUCAGCUAAGUCUGCAACUAUUGUGACUAAUUUUCUUGGAGCCCUUAAUCUUCUUGGCCUUCUUGGUGGCUUCUUAGCUGAUGCCAAGUUGGGACGGUUCCUCACUGUUGCAACCUUUGCUUCCAUAACUGCUGUAGUAAGUUCUGAGCCAUUAAGAAUGGCUUCAACAAAGAAACUUCUGCUUUAUCCUUGGCUUUCCUGGUUUUUGCAGGGUGUGAUUCUGUUAACAUUGGCCACAACCAUCCCUGGCAUGAGACCUCCUCAUUGUGAUAUCUCCUCCACAAGGCAACUUCAUCAAUGCAUUGCGGCUAAUGGUGGGCAACUUGCCAUGCUCUAUGCUGCACUUUAUACCAUAGCACUCGGCGGAGGGGGGAUAAAAUCAAAUGUGUCGGGAUUCAGGUCCGAUCAAUUUGAUGUCAAUGAUCCAAAGGAAGAGAAGGCUAUGUUAUUCUUCUUCAAUAGAUUCUACUUUGCCAUAAGCAUUGGAUCAUUGUUUGCUGUGAUUGUGUUAGUUUAUGUACAAGACAAUGUGGGAAGAGGUUGGGGCUAUGGAAUCUCAGGAGGGACCAUGGUGAUUGCUGUUAUUGUAUUGGUUUGUGGGACAACGUUUUACAGGUUUAAGAAGCCUAGAGGAAGUCCUCUAACAGUGAUAUGGAGGGUAUUGCUUCUGGCUUGGAAGAAGAGAAGCCUCCCUCACCCAGUUAAUCCCAGGUUCUUAAAUGACUACCAAAAUGCCAAGGUUCCUUACACCUACAGGUUCAUGUGUCUAGACAAGGCAGCAAUUCUGGACGAGGUUGCGGCGAUCAAUCAAAACAGAUAUAAUCCCUGGAUAGUCUCGACCGUGACCGAAGUCGAGGAAGUGAAAAUGGUUCUGAAGCUUUUACCCAUAUGGUCCACUGGCAUCCUCUUUUGGACGAUCUACUCUCAGACGACUACAUUCACAGUAGAGCAAGCAUCAUUUAUGGAUAGAAAAGUUGGCAAGUUUGUGAUUCCUGCUGGUUCUAUGUCAGCCUUUCUAUUCAUCGCCAUCCUGCUAGUCACUUCCAUGAACGAGAAACUGUUCAUUCCCAUUGCUCGGAAACUGACUCACAAUGUCCAAGGUCUCACAAGCCUACAGAGGAUUGGGAUUGGCCUUGUUUUCUCAAUUUUUGGUAUGGUGGCUGCUGGAGUUGUUGAGAAGGAGAGGAGGGCAUUUGCUGUGGGACAAAAUACUCUUAUAAGCGUUUUCUGGUUAAUACCUCAGUUCUUCUUGGUUGGUGCUGGAGAGGCAUUUGCAUAUGUUGGACAACUCGAGUUUUUCAUCAGAGAAGCACCAGAACGAAUGAAAUCCAUGAGCACAGGACUUUUCCUUAGCACCCUUUCCAUGGGAUUUUUUGCAAGUAGUUUGUUGGUGACGAUCGUAGAAAACGUAACCAACAAGCAAUGGCUGAAAAGUAAUCUCAACAAGGGAAACUUGAACUACUUCUAUUGGCUACUUGCAGUGUUGGGACUGCUGAACUUUUUAUUUUUUCUUCUACUGGCCCGGAAACAUCAGUACAAAGACCAGCAUUAUUCCAGUUCUAAUGACAACAAUGAGGAGCUCAAGAGUUCAAGUGACAAGAUCGCACUUGAAAUGGAAGGACCAAUUAGCAUAAAGACAACAGAAACCUAGGGUGUGUGCUUCAAGGAGUGUCCCUUUUAUGAGUUUAAGAGCCUGUGUGUAAGUUUGUAACAU